AUGUUUAUUAGCUCUGCUGCAAGUUAUGCUCUGUGUCAACCUACUGCUUUCUCCUUCAUGGCAGAUAGGGUUGUUCAAGAUAUGAAGGUCAUGAGGGACAGUAGGGAUGCAUCCGGUUCUUUAUUUCAAACCAUACCCAAGCUAAGGAAGCGCAUAUGGUCUAUUAUCAUGCUCAACAUAUUGCUAUGUGAUGUCAACUUAUUCAUUGCAGAAUUUUUGUGGAGCCACCAUGGUUUCAAUGUGCGUUUGGCUGAAAUUGUCUUUCAUUUUGAAGCUCUCUCUGCUGAGCACAAUGAUGGGUACUUGGAAAGAGGUCAGCUUCAUGGGCUAUCUGGUACAGUCACAAUCGUGGGAUGCAUGGGAUUGAGAUCCCUGAGUUGUCAUCGUCUUUUAACAUGUCAUUAUCUUUGCUUGAUGAAUACGAGGAGUGAAUGCACUUUUGGUGAUGUCAAAGACCCAAACAUGCUCGUUUGA